AUGUCAUCGAUGACGCCCCAAUCAUUGCGACGGUACACAUUGACCGCGUCCGUGACGGCCAUUACCGUGACCGGCGCUCUGUACGGCGCAGGCUUGAAGACGCGGCAGGAACACAAACAGGAGAAGAGCGCUGCUCUCGAAGCAUCACCGGCAGAGAAGCUCGAACAUCUGGAAGUCUCAAAGACCAAGCUUCUACGGCAACGAGCAGAGCUACAGAGCAAGAUCGACAGACUUGCCGUAAAGACGAAAGAAACUCCUCAAGGCCCACUGUCUCAGACUUAA